AUGACAGACGAAGGUGAAACUGCUUUAGUCGAAAAAUCUGUUGGUGGCUCAGCAAAGCAAGGUCUUGGUUCACGAUCAACCUCAAAAGUAACAUUUCGUGAUGAUGAGAGAAAACCUCAUCGACUAUCUGCUCUACAACAAAAAGAACAACAACUGGGUAGUAGCAGUGGAAAUCAAACAUUGGCCAUUGUACCAUCAACACAACAACAACAACAUUUAAUAGAUAUUAAACGAAAAGAAGAAAUAAAUCCGUUUAAGUUUUCACCAGAUAUUGAUUUUUGUGCCUUAAGUCAACUAGACAAACGAGAAAAGGCUCAUGAACGAGAACGAAUGAAAAAUUUAAAAGUACACGAAAAAUUAUCGAAAGCGCAACGAUUAAUGCAAGGAAGACGUUUUCGUGUAUUAAAAGAAAUUGAUGAUGAAAUUGAAAAAGAGAAUGUUCAAGCAAAAGAAAAUCGUGUUGCAUCAAUGAAAGACAAUGCACCAUGGUUGGUAGCAAUCACUCGAAAUCGUCGUGUGGAAAAUGAAAGUCUUCAUGAGUUUGUUGAAAAAAAACGAAACAUGUUUGUUUUGCAGUAUGAAUUAACAGUAAAACGUACAGAAAUGCGAAAACUUGAAGAAAUAACAGCAGCCGAAGAAGCACGAAUAGAAAAAGCUGAAAAAGAUCUUGAAGAAGAUGCAAUUAUGUUUGAUCAAUUCUUAGCGGCAAAUAAUAAGAAUGCAAAUGAAGCAGCAAGAUUAGCUGAUGAAGAAGCACGGAAAAAAUUGGAAAAAGUAUCAGAAAUAAAAAGUUUACAUGGUCAAAUAACUGCAUUAAAAAGUGAAUUAGCAAGACGAGAAGAUGAGUUGAAUGAGUUUAAAGCCUAUAAACGAUUUUUGGAUCAAAUUACACCAAGCGAAUGGACAGAAGAACGUCGUAAAAUAAUUGAACAAGAAAAAUCAGCACGUAUUGCUCGUGAAAAAACGGAUGCACAAUCUGUAGCAUCUUCCGAUGAUUUAGGGAGUAAAAGUCGAUUGCAAAAUCGUAGUGAUCCAGCUCAGAGUAAAGUCACUGGAAAACGUACGGGAGGCAUGCCAGCGAAACGUACAACAUCCGGUCGACGACGUUCAUCUACACAAGCAAAAUCUGAUGAGACUUCAAGUGGUGAUACUCUUGAACAACAAAAAUCAGAUAUGAAUUUUGAAGUGGAUAGUGACGAUUUUGAAUUAUUUUUUACUGAUCCACAACAACUUUUGGCCAUAUUUACCGAAUUAGAAGAGCAAAAUCUCUCAUUAAUUCAAAAUUCACAAGAUCAUGAAGAACAAUUGGAACAAUUAACACGUGAAUUACAAACAACUAUGGAACGUAUGAAUUAUGAAACAGAAUCAUUACAACGACAAGUAUCACAUUUAGAACAAGCUAUACGUUUAGAAGAACAAAAAGAAAAAGAAUUAAUGGAAAAAGUUGGCGCACAUUCAAUGGUUACCGAUGAUAGUAAACAAGAUGAAUAUCUUGAACAAUUAUCAAAUGUAAUCAAUGAUGUUUAUAAAAAAAUAUUUAGUGAAAAUCCAGUAACAAGUGAUCCACUAAAAAAUUUGGCAUCAAUUGAAAAUCGUUUAGAAGAAUUAUUUCAACAAAUUGAUAUCAUGGAUCCACAACGUUUAGCAGAAGCCGAAAAGGCUAAAGAAAAAGAACGUCGUUUGAGAUUACGUGAACAAAAAAAAUUAGAAGAAGAACGUUUAAACGAAGAAAAAAAACGAAAAGCAGCAGCAAGAGCCAAAGAGCCGCCGAAAAAACAAAUUGGUCGUCCGAUUGCCGAACGUUCAAGACCACCAGAAUCAAAAAAACACGAUCAAGAUGCAAUCGACAAAACAAACGAAGAAGAAGAAGAACUUGCUUAUUAUUUUACGUAA